CCCAAUCUCUCUCUCUCUCUCUGUAUCUAUCUAUAUCUAUAUACACAUGAUUCGUGUUUCGCAAAAUUCAAAUCCCCAAUCUCUUCGAACACAUUUUAAUUGGAUUAUCGAGCACUUUAGCCUUGUUGAUUUCUUCUUCUUCUUCUUCUUCUUCUUCUUCUUCUUCUUGUGCUUCAAAACCCUAGUUUCACUCAGAAACCCUAGUUUCCAACAAGAACUGAGUUUCGCAUGUUUGAACUUGAUUUAGGGUUUAUUUUGCAAAGCUUUUGCUUGAUUUUUAAGGUUAAAUAACAUGGUAAUUGCAGUGAUUCAAUGUGGGAGACAGUAUGCGGACCAUAGUUUGGAGAAAUGCAAAGGUAUCAUGCUACCAACUGCACUAGUGCAGUCAAUAACAGUGCGGUUGGUGGCUCAUUAGGCAGGGAUACUUCCCGAGCUGAGUCAUCUGCACCUUUAGCUAACAUUCAACUAAAUCGUCGCUCUUCACAACUUGCGCCAUACAAAUUAAGGUGUGAGAAAGAUUCCCUGAAUUCAAGGCUCCUUCCUCCCGAUUUUAACCCUCCAACUACAAAUUGCCCUGAGGAGACACUUACAAAGGACUAUGUGCUUGGUGGAUACAGACAGACAGUAGAGGGGCUUGAGGAGUCCCGAGAGAUAUCGUUAUCACAGAUUUCAACUUUCACCAAACCUAUUAUUCUAAAGUGCAAGGAGGCAAUCAGAAAAUAUCACCGAGCAAUCAAUGAAUCUCGUGCCAAAAAGCGAAAGGCUGGUCAAGUUUAUGGAGUCCCUCUAACUGGUAAUUUAUUGAGUAAGCCCGGUGUCUUUCCAGAACAGAAGGCCAGUGGUGAAGAUUUUCGGAAGAAAUGGAUCGAGGGUUUGUCUCAGCAGCAUAAACGUUUACGGUCCUUAGCAGAUCAUGUUCCUCAUGGAUAUAGAAAGAAAUCACUUUUGGAAGUUCUUAUUAGAAACAAUGUACCACUAUUAAGGGCAACUUGGUUUAUCAAAGUUACAUAUCUCAAUCAGGUUCGACCCGGGUCUUCUGAUAAAACUCGGUUUUCCUGCUCAGACCAGUGGACGAAGGAUGUUCUUGAGUAUUUGCAAUGUCUUUUGGAUGAAUUUGUAUCUAAAAAUAAUUCCAAUUCUACCCUCCGUGUUAAGGACAGAUCACCUCAGUUUGCUUAUGGUGGGCACAUGAAUGACCCUGAGGAGCCAUCUUUACAUUUUAAAUGGUGGUAUGUGGUUCGAAUCAUACAGUGGCACUAUGCAGAAGGGUUGCUUCUCCCUUCUUUAAUAAUUGAUUGGCUUCUUAAUCAGUUGCAGGAGAAGGAAUUGCUUGAGAUAUUGCAGUUGCUGUUGCCUAUCAUAUAUGGUGUUAUAGAAACUAUCGUUUUAUCUCAAUAUUACGUCCGUACCCUUGUGGGGGUAGCUGUUCGGUUUAUUCAAGACCCAUCUCCAGGUGGCUCAGAUCUUGUGGAUAACUCUAGAAGGGCAUAUACCAUUUCCGCUUUGGUUGAAAUUCUUCGAUAUUUAAUACUUGCAGUUCCUGAUACUUUUGUUUCCCUUAAUUGCUUUCCACUUCCAUCUUGUGUGGUUUCAAAUGAUGCUAGUUUAAUUACGCGGGCAACUGUGGAAGGCGGGAAUAAUGGGCAGCAACAAUUGUUUAUAAAUUCGGUUGUUUCUUCAAUUCAGAAAUGCACAUUUAAUCUUUCAAGGGCCGCAAAACCAUGUCACUUGGGUAGUAAUGUGGCUAAAGCCGUGAAUGAAUUAGAUAAAGCUCUUAUUCAUGGAGAUAUUACCAUUGCUUACAAGUGCAUGUUUGAGGAUUUCUAUGAUCAAACUGUUGAUAAAAGAUGGAUUGCUGAUGUCAGCCCACAUUUAAGGUCAACACUUAAAUGGAUCGACGCAAUCGAGUCUUCAUUUGUGUGUUCGGUGUUUUUUAUUUGCGAAUGGGCCACGUGUGAUUUUCGCAAUUUUCGAACAGGCCUGCCUCGUAGUGUUAAAUUCAGUGGGAAACGAGACUUUUCUCAGAUAUAUAUUGCUGCUCGGCUUUUAGAGAUGAAAAUGAAAAACAUGCGAAGUUCAAGCAAGUCGAAAGUCGGGGUUGGAAAAGUCAAAGAUUUGUCACAUAUUUUCCAGAGCCCAGGCCCAUUACAUGACAUUGUUGUGUGCUGGCUUGAUCAACACCAAGCCCAAAAUGGAGAAGGUUUUAAGCGUGUUGAAUUACUCGUAAAUAAACUCAUUCGUUCUGGAAUAUUUUAUCCUCAAGCGUAUGUGAGGGAGCUUAUUGUGAGUGGAAUCACGGGUUGGAAUGACACUGUUGACUUUAACCGAAAGAGGAGACAUUAUAAUCUUCUGAAGAAUCUUCCUGCUACAUAUAUUCAAGAUGCACUCCAAGAAGCACAAAUUGCCGAAAUAUCUCUUGUAACUGAAGCCAUGCAUAUAUACUCAAAUGAACGCCGUCUCUUGCUUCGUGAACUUGUUGACCACCCAAAAAAUGUCACGGGUUCAAAUAAGCGGAAAGACCAUCAAAAGUUAGGAAAGGAUCAAUGGAAGAUGUCAUCAUCACAUGCAUCUGAUUUGCUAUCGAAUAAAAAUGUCAAUAGAAAGAUUCAAGAACUAAUGGAUUCUAUUGCGAUCCUGCUUCGUUUCCCAAAUUCCCAUUCUACACCUACCAUGGGGAACAAUGUUGAUGAGUCUAAACGGGUCAGCAGGUCAACAGUUACCAGUGAUGGAACACCUGGAUGUGAAGAAUGCAGACGAGCUAAAAGACAAAAAGUAGAAGAAAAAAGUUCUGAUGACGAGGACAUUUGGUGGGUUAAAAAGGGUCUUACCCUAAAGUCAAUGGAGUCUUUUAGAGCAGCUGAGCCACCAGUCAAACAAGUUAAACAAGCCACAAGAGGCAGACAAAAAAUUGUUCGUAAGACUUCGAGUCUGGCUCAGCUAGCCGCUUCUAGAAUUGAGGGUAGCCAGGGUGCAUCCACUAGCCAUGUGUGUGAUAGUAGAGUAAACUGUCCCCACCAUGGGAACGAUAAUGAUGUUCCAAAAGCAAUCGAUUCAAUCAGAACCGUUCAUUCGGAUGUUUCUUCUAUCAGGAAAAGGAUGAAACGGGCACCGUUAGAUGAGAAACGGGUUCUUGUGGUGUGGUUGAUGGGUAUGGUUAGGCAGCUUCUUGACAAGGCUGGAAAAUGGAAGCUUGGUGAAGAUGAAUUAUCUAACAUCUUGUACUUGAUGGAUGUUUGUGACGAUUUAGUUUCUGCAGCCCGAUUGUUAGUUUGGUUGUUGUCUAAAGUUCCCGUCAACCCAAUUCCCGCAGUUCAUGGUGGAAGAAAUGUUAUAAAUGUACCACGAAAUGUUGAAAACCAACAGUGUGCGGUUGGAGAGAAUCUUAUUUUGUCAUCUCUCAAAAGGUAUGAGAACAUACUUGCUGUAGCUAAUCUUAUUCCCGAAACAUUAUCCGCUAUGAUGCAUCGUGCUUCUGUAGUUUUGACCUCCAAUGGACGGGUUUCUGGGUCAGCAGCUUUAUUCUUUGCCCGUCAGAUGUUAAAGAAAUAUGGCAACGUAGCGAGUGUUGCUGACUGGAUAAAAAACUUCAAAACAACAUCUGAUAAAAGACUCAUUAUGGAACUUGAAUCUGGUAGAUCAUCAGAUGGAGAGUUUGGUUUCCCACUUGGCGUUCCUGCAGGAGUCCAAGAUUUUGAUGAUUUUUUACUUAAAAAAAUAAGCGGUGUUCGUAUUUCAAGGGUCGGUUUAAGUAUGCGGGAUACGGUCCAACGACUUAUAGAUGAAGCAAUUCCUGUCUUUUAUGGUCAAGAAAAGAAGCCUUUUAGUAAAAAACCAAGUAUCGAAAUCCCCAAUGAUGGGUACCCAAUAGCCCAACAAGUUGUAAAAGGGUUAUUGGAUUGCAUGAGACAAACGGGCGGUGCAGCCCAAGAAGGUGACCCAACUUUAGUUGCCUUUGCUGUUUCCGCGAUUGUCACUAAUGUGGGGCAGGUGAUUGCUAAAAUUACCGAAAUAACUCCACUUUCAUUGUCAUUCGCGAAACACAUGUUACGGGUUCAUCUUAUAUGUUUGUCACUACUAAAAGAUGCCCUCGGGGAACGCCAAAGCCGGGUCUUUGAAAUCGCUCUUGCAACCGAAGCUUCUUCUGCCCUAAUUCAAGUUUUUUCUCCUCCAAAAGCUUCUCGUGGUCAAUUACAACUUUCUCCCGAUUCAAUGUCUAAUGAAAACCCAACGUUUUCAAAAGCUGCUAAAACAACAGGUGCAAUCUCUGCACUUGUUAUAGAAGCUGUUCUUCAGGGUAUUGCUAGCCUUGAAAGACUGGUUACGGUUUUCAGAUUAAAAGACGGGAUAAAUGUGAUUCAGUUUGUAAAGAGUACACGCUCUAACUCAAAUGGUAAUGUACGGUCUAUAGGCGAUUUAAAAACUGAUUAUUUGGUUGAAGUUUCGGUUCAUUGGUUUAGGGUUCUUAUCGGUAACUGCAGGACUGUUUCGGAUGGUUUUAUAGUCGAGCUUUUGGGUGAAUCUUCUAUUGUGGCAUUAUCAAGAAUCCAGCGAAUGCUUCCUGUCAACCUUGUUUUUCCACCUGCUUUUGCUAUUUUUGGUUUUUUGGUAUGGAAACGGUUCAUACUCAAUUCAAACGUUAUGGCCCGUGAUAACAUUUCUCAGUUGUUUCAAUCUUUAACAUCGGCUGUCAAUGAUGCCAUUAAGCAUUUGCCUUUCCGUGACGUAUGUCUAAGAGAAAGUGCUACUUUAUACGAUCUCAUAGCUGCCGAUAGAACUGAUUUUGAGUUUGCCACAAUGCUGGAUCAGAGUGGGCCCGAUUUGCAUUUGAAAAUGACUGCUUUUGUCCCUCUACGAGCCCGGAUAUUUUUGAAUGCCAUUAUCGAUUGUCAGUUGCCAACAGAAAUUAUGUCAUAUAAUGAUGGCAAUCGGAACGAGAUGAAGCUUCUUGAUAAGCUUGUUCAUAUUCUUGACACCUUGCAGCCUGCUAAAUUUCAUUGGCAAUGGGUCGAGCUCAGGUUGUUAUUAAACGAACAAGCCCUGACUGAAAAAGUAGAUGGCCGUGACACUUCAUUCGUAGAAGCAUUAAGCUCAAAUAAUGAAAAUAUUGGGGCUUCCGAGAAUGAAAAUAAUUUCAUCCAGAUGGUGUUGACCCGGCUUCUGGUCCGACCUGAUGCUGCUCCCCUUUUCUCAGAGGUGGUACAUCUACUAGGGAGGUCACUAGAAGACGAAGUACUUCUGCAAGCAAAAUGGUUUCUAAGAGGUCACGAUGUUCUUUUUGGUCGAAAGUCUAUCCGGCAACGGUUAAUCAACAUAGCCGAGAGUAAGGGUUUGUCACCUAAGAUCCAAUUUUCAAAACCCUGGGGUUGGUGUAAGACAGCAUCAGAUGGGUGCGGCGGACCCAUAAAAAAAGGAAAUAAGAGAAAAUUUGAGACGGUCUCUGUUGAAGAAGGGGAGGUGAUUGAUGACGGAAUUAAACCGCAUUCUUCUAGAACAUUUAGUCCAGUUUCAGAUGUCGAAGCAUUUAUAGUCAGUCAACAACACGUGACGGAGAAAGCUUUAGUGGAGUUACUUCUUCCGUGCAUUGACCAAAGCUCUGAUGAUUCUCGCGUUACUUUUGCUAGUGAUUUAAUCAAGCAGAUGCAUGAAAUUGAACAACAGAUAAGUAAUGUUACUCAUGGAGUUAAUAAACCCGUUUCUUCUGGAAUUGAAGGUUCUGUGAGUAAAGUGAAUACCCGUAAGGGUUUGAGAGGAGGUAGUCCUGGAUUAGUCCGACGUCCUGUGGGGCCUGUUGAAAUGAUGCUGCCGUCCCCAUCAGCGUUGCGGGCUUCGAUGUCAUUGCGUUUACAGCUACUCCUAAGGUUGCUCCCUGUAAUCUGUGCUGACGGGGAGCCAUCUUCUCGUAGCAUGAGGCACACGCUUGUUCGGGUAGUCCUUCGGCUUCUUGGGAGUAGGGUUAUUCAUGAGGAUGCAGAUCUUUCUAACCCUACUUGUGCUACCGUUGAUUUGGGUGAAAGUCUUUUUGAUCGUUUAUUAAUGGUGUUGCAUGCGCUAUGGAGCACCUCGGAUCCCUGUUGGCUCAGGCCAAAGUCUACCCCUGACGGUUCUAGGGACUCCGCUCUCUUUGAUCAUGAAGUUGCAGAAAGCUUACAGAAUGAGUUGGAUGGGAUGCAACUACCAGAUGCAGUCAGAUGGCGGAUUCAGACAGCCAUGCCAUAUGCUGCUAUCUCCUCUUCAAAAUUUUCAAUAUCUUGCCAACCACCCAAUGUCCCGCUUUCUGUCCUAGGAUUUCUUCAACCAAGUGUAUCACAUCCUGGAAGUUUUAGAAAUAAUAAAGUCUCUUCAUCAAGGGCUACCUCAAAUGGGCCAGGAAAGGCCACAAAGCCUCAACCUGAGUCAGAUGUAGAGAUUGACCCGUGGAACCUUUUAGAGGAUGGAGCAGGAUCCGGCCCAUCUUCCAUAAACGCAGAUGCAAUUGCAGGAAACGAUCAUGCUAAUCUCAAGGCAUCAAGCUGGCUAAAGGGCGCGGUUAGGGUUAGGAGGAUGGAUCUGACUUAUAUUGGCGCCAUAGAUGAUGAUAGCUGAUUAUAACUUUCCAAAGGUCAGAUUCAAAGUCAAACCCUGGUUCAGGUAAUCGAUUGUUAACUUGUAAAGUUACCAUUUGGGGGUCAGGGCCAGUCUCCUAACCUGCAAUGAACAGUUUACGGGGUUGAUUACAUUCUUUUUGAGGGCAUGUGGAUCUAUCCAAAUGUAUUCCUUUUGGCUCACACCUGGCGUGACGGCCAACCAACCUGUUGGAUGAUAGUGGCCCAGUCCUGAAUCGUGUCAUUCGGAGUUUUGUUGUAUAUAGGGAUAUGGCUUGGUUUUCACCAACCAGUGCAAAAGUAUGUCGAAGAGGAAAAAGAGGGGGGGGGGGUUCAAAAGAAGUCCGUUUUGUUGGGUCUUUUUGGAUUCUUGAGCUUGACAAUGUUUAUUUACCCCAAGCUCUCUCUCACAGUGUAUUAUAUUUUGUUGCUCGUGAGGUUAAAAUCUAGAGCAAUAAACUUAUAUAUCAUGUGAUGUUUUGUAUUCGACUGUUUUUGCUCUAGAUUGUUUUUUACAUGAAAAA